UCUCCCUCCUCCAGCUCGAAUGCCGUCAGUUCACCCCAGAAUGUGACCCGUUGAAGUGAGUUGUCAUCUAGAUCUCGACAACCGGUCUCCUUUUCUACCAUUCUAUCUCCUCGUCCGCCUUGAUACCGCGUCCAGUCCUAUAUCGCAACCUAGAACCACCACUCGCGUCCCCCGACAGGCGCUCCCCUGCUAUCCUAAUGGCCCUCAGGAGUCUGGUCUGAGAGGGCCGUCUGAAGCAACACGAUACAAGGUUCCCGAGACGCACAAGCAUCUGUGAACGAUGGCCGCCCAAUCAACGCUCCGACACCGCGAGGACCCUCUCGCCGUCCUGUACAAAUACUACACCGGUCUUUUUCGCUCCCGGAUCGGCCGUUCGUCCAAAGCAACCAAACUCAUCGCCACCGUCGCGCUGAUUCUAUCGAUCCUGGGUUCUGGCUACGGGGGCUACAAAUGGGUUCGGGAAAGAGCCAAAGAACGUGCGCAGGGGCGACGAUUGCUGCGUCGGAAUUCCGGCAUUCGAGGCAAGGAUGGAACCCGCACCAUCUACGUGCCCUACAAGGACUCCAUGACCUCCAAGGUCAAGAUCUAUCCGACCAAACUCAUGACGUUCGAUGCACACCGGCGGUUGUUUUUGAAUCCCCCUGCCGCCGCCCGUCAGGGCGAUGCGGAGUCGAUGAAUCAGAUCCCGCCGCCAACUACAAAGCCGGGCCUGAACCUGGCGUUCCUUCAUCAGUUCCUUAGUCUCGGGAGCAUUAUGGUCCCGCGAUGGAGCAGUAAAGAGACCGGACUGCUGAUGGGGCAUGGCGUUUUCUUGCUGCUGCGCACAUAUCUGUCCCUGUUGAUUGCGCGCCUCGAUGGAGAGAUCGUGAGAGACCUCGUCGAGGGGAAAGGGCGGGCUUUUGCCUGGGGUCUCCUCAAAUGGUGCGGCAUCGGCACCCUUGCAUCCUACACCAAUGCCAUGAUCAAAUUCCUGCAGUCGAAGGUGUCGAUCGCGUUCCGGACUCGGUUGACCAGGUAUAUCCAUGAUCUCUACCUCACGGCUGAUAACAACUACUACAAGUUGAUGAACCUGGACGGUGGCAUCGGCCAAGGCCCGGACCAGUAUAUUACGCAAGACCUGACUCUUUUCUGUUCUGCGGCUGCCGCCCUCUAUUCGUCCAUGGGGAAGCCCAUGGUGGACCUGUUUGUCUUCAACUACCAGCUGUAUCGUUCUCUCGGGCCUUUGGCUCUGACUGGUAUCCUUACCGGCUACUUCAGCACUGCGGCGGUCCUGAGGAAGCUCUCCCCACCAUUCGGGAAGCUGAAGGCUGUUGAGGGCAAGAAGGAGGGCGACUUCCGCAGCCUACAUUCCAGGCUACUGGCCAACGCUGAAGAGAUCUCGUUCUAUGGUGGCGCGGACAUCGAACGGGUCUUCCUGGCGAGAAGCUUCAAGGAUCUCCAGCGAUGGAUGGAGGGUAUAUACAGCCUCAAGAUCCGCUACAACAUGCUUGAGGAUGUUAUCUUGAAAUAUGCGUGGUCCGCCUUUGGAUACCUCAUCACAUCGCUGCCGGUAUUCCUCCCUGCCUGGGGUGGCGUGGGCGGUGCUUCGGAGCUGGUUGACUUGCCAGAAGGCACUGGUCGAGAACGGGACCGCAUGAAGGACUUCAUCACGAACAAGCGUCUGAUGCUGUCACUGGCAGACGCGGGUGGCCGCAUGAUGUACAGCAUCAAGGAUAUCUCGGAACUGGCCGGCCACACGUCACGAGUCUACAGUCUGAUAUCCACGCUGCACAGAGUCCACGCGAAUGCAUACUACCCUCCACGCGGCUCUCACGCGGAACUGUACUCUCUCGCGGAUGUCCAGGGCACAAUCCAUAACGGUUUCGACGGGGUUCGCCUUGAACAAGUCCCCGUUGUCGCACCAUCCCUCUACCCCCGUGCUGGCGAUGAGCUCCUCGAGUCGUUGUCCUUCGUUGUACACUCCGGCGACCACCUGCUCAUAUCCGGACCCAACGGCGUCGGCAAGUCUGCCAUUGCGCGGGUCGCCGCCGGGUUGUGGCCGGUAUACCGCGGGCUGGUCAGCCGCCCCCGAGGAUUCGGGGUCGAUGGCAUCAUGUUCCUUCCCCAGCGACCCUACCUCAGCGUGGGCACCCUCCGCGACCAAGUCAUCUACCCGCACACGGAGAUCGACAUGCGGGAAGCCGGCGUCAGCGACGCCGCCCUGCAAAAGGUCCUCGACGACGCCCAUCUAGGCUACCUCCCCAGCCGCGAAGGCGGGUGGGACUCUCGCAAGGAAUGGAAAGACGUUCUCAGCGGCGGCGAAAAACAGCGCAUGGCCAUGGCCCGCAUCUACUACCACGAACCCCGCUAUGCGUUCCUCGACGAGGGCACUUCCGCGGUGUCUUCGGAUGUGGAAGGCCUGCUGUACGAGCGCGCCAAGGAGCGCGAAAUCACCCUGAUCACGAUUUCCACGCGCGCUUCGCUGAAGAAAUACCAUACGUACAACCUCAGCAUUGGCCUUGGAGAGGCUGGUGAACACUGGGAGUUCGAGCGGAUCGGCACCGCGAAGGAGAAGCUGGGCGUCGAGAAGGAGCUGCAGGAGAUCCGCAAGCGAUUGGACAAGGUCGAGGAGUGGAAGCAGCGACGCGAGGAGAUCGAGCAUGAGCUCCAUAAGGUCUGGGUCGAAGAGGGAGGGGAACUUUCUCCGCCGCCUUACGAGGACGGCCAGGCCCAGCAGUAGGGUUUCCGUUGCUCACUCACUGUAGACAGUUAGACAAAUUGGCCAUACAUUGAUGAUUUCACUGACACCCAUUAUGCUACCUGAUGCAAUCUACA